CUCGCCACCGCGGCGGCCGAGGGCGACUCGCGCCGCCGCCCCGCUCGCCCGCCGCCCGCCCUCCGCUCGCCCGCCGCGGCCCCGCGGCGCGGGCCCGCCGCAGCGCAGCCGCUCUGAGUGACUCUUGAUGGAAGAACACGGAGUGACGCAGGCAGAGCACAUGGCUACCAUCGAGGCGCACGCCGUGGCCCAGCAGGUGCAGCAGGUGCACGUGGCCACCUACACGGAGCACAGCAUGCUGAGCGCCGACGAGGACUCGCCCUCCUCGCCCGAGGACACCUCCUACGACGACUCCGACAUCCUCAACUCCACCGCUGCCGACGAGGUCACCGCUCACCUGGCGGCUGCAGGCCCUGUGGGGAUGGCAGCAGCUGCUGCUGUGGCAACGGGGAAGAAACGGAAGCGGCCUCACGUCUUUGAGUCCAACCCCUCCAUCCGGAAGAGGCAGCAGACACGUUUGCUCAGGAAGCUCCGGGCCACGCUGGAUGAGUACACCACCAGAGUGGGGCAGCAGGCCAUCGUGCUGUGCAUCUCACCCUCCAAACCCAACCCUGUCUUCAAAGUAUUCGGUGCUGCACCCCUGGAGAAUGUGGUACGCAAGUACAAGAGCACAAUCCUGGAAGACCUGGAGUCGGCGCUGGCCGAGCACGCCCCGGCCCCUCAGGAGGUCAACUCGGAGCUGCCACCCCUCACCAUCGAUGGCAUCCCCGUCUCCGUGGACAAGAUGACCCAGGCACAGCUGAGAGCCUUCAUCCCCGAGAUGCUGAAGUAUUCCACGGGUCGUGGGAAGCCAGGCUGGGGCAAGGAGAGCUGCAAGCCCAUCUGGUGGCCCGAGGACAUUCCGUGGGCCAACGUCCGCAGCGACGUGCGCACGGAGGAGCAGAAGCAGCGGGUGUCCUGGACCCAGGCCCUGAGGACCAUCGUGAAGAACUGCUACAAGCAGCACGGGCGCGAGGACCUGCUCUACGCCUUCGAGGACCAGCAGACCCCGCAGACCACGACCACGCACAGCAUCGCCCACCUGGUGCCCUCCCAGACCGUGGUGCAAACCUUCAGCAACCCCGACGGCACCGUGUCCCUCAUCCAGGUUGGCACGGGUGCCACGGUGGCCACGCUGGCCGACGCCUCGGAGCUGCCCACCACGGUGACGGUGGCACAGGUCAAUUACUCGGCGGUGGCAGACGGAGAGGUGGAGCAGAACUGGGCGACGCUACAGGGCGGGGAGAUGACCAUCCAGACGACGCAGGCCUCGGAGGCCACGCAGGCGGUGGCCUCGUUAGCCGAGGCGGCGGUGGCGGCGUCGCAGGAGAUGCAGCAGGGAGCCACUGUCACCAUGGCGCUCAACAGUGAAGCCGCUGCCCACGCCGUAGCCACGCUGGCCGAGGCCACCCUUCAAGGAGGGGGACAGAUUGUCCUGUCUGGGGAAACUGCAGCAGCAGUGGGGGCGCUCACAGGAGUCCAGGAUGCCAAUGCAGCCGAGGUGGAAAUCAGAUGGGAUUUAGAGUGCAUUAAGAGGAGAGACUGCAGCAUUUUCCUGUGAGCACAACCUCGCCCACAGCCCCUCGCCUGGUUUCCACUCUCCUUCGAUUUGCUCUAAUCUCCGGUGGCAUUAAGGGGAAGGGCUUUGGAGUCCUUGGAAGCUCCAUGCUGUUGGUUCCUUACGUAACCAGCUAAUAUAUCUCCCUCAGGGAUGGAGGAGAUGUUGGUAUCCAUUGCUGCUGUCUGGCUGGGGAGGCAGAGCAGAUGGAUUUCACUGCUGGCAGGAUUUAUCUGCGUAGCUGGGGUGGGAGUGGGAGCAUCCUCCUGGACACCAUUUGAUGGAUGCAGCAGGAAAAAUCCACUCUGUGCCCUCCUGUCCAGAGGAGGUGGAAUUGGGAGUGAUUUGGGGAAAACUGCCAGAGCCAGAAUGGUCCUAACCAGCAAUUUUCCCCUUCUCUCUGUUGCUUGCAAGGUCUUAAUUGGCUGAUAUUCCCAAUAAAUGCUUCUUUCUGGGAAUGCUCUGACCCUUCUGCAGGACUUUUCUGAGGAAAAAACCUAUCUGGACGGGCAGGAUAGAAAUUUAUCUCCAUCUUACUGAUAAGGUAAAGGAGAUAGUUUGACACCUCCCCAUCCCUGGGAGUGUCCAAGGCCAGGCUGGACAGGUUUGGAACAACUUGGGAUAGUGGAAGGUGUCCCCAUGGCAAGAACGAGAUGAUCUUUAACUCACUUCCAGCCCAAACCAUUCCAUGAUUUCUGUGAAAAUGUCUGGAGGUCAGGCAAGGUGUUCCAUCCUCAUCUUAGCCAUUUAGUGUAAUUAGUCUCUUUUAAAAAUUUUUUUGUUGUUUCUCUCUCACUGUGGCAUUUUCCCAUCCCUUCUCUGGAAUUAUCUGAAUAAUAAUAACAACAAUACAAGACCACCGAGAUGGCUAAAAAGAGGAGCCCUCUGAAUAUUCAUGGAAAUGUUGCACUCCAGGGCUGGAUAUCUUGCAGGGAGCCCAGGAACGUGGCUGCACUGCGAAAGGGCUCUGGAUAAUCUUGUGAUCUGUUCCAUUCCCAGCUGAAGGAAACAAGAUCUCCUGCUCCCGUGCAGUGUCAAACCAGCUAAGUGCAUUAUUAUGGUUUUCCUGCUCCCCAGGAGCAUCUGCUCCGGGUGGGGACGCAGGAACCGGUGACCCCGCACUUGGAGCCUCAGAUGCUUUUGCUCCUAAGUGGUUGGUAUUGAACUGAGGAAUAUGGAGAGCAAGUGGAGGGGAGUGUGGCAGCAGCAGCCCCUGAAAAUGCUGGGAAAUGCUCUGCUGAGAAGAACUCUGUGCCCCGGAGCUGCUUUUGGAGCGACAGGAGCUCGGUGGGGUUGGAAGGAGCGGUGCUGGAGCAGCCUCCUCCCAUGCUGGAGCAGCCUCCUCCCGCUGCCUUUUGUUUGCCAUUGAUCCUGGGGCCCUGAGAGCUGCCAGGGCUUCCCGGCUGCAUCCUGAAAUAUUGAUGAGCUCCUGGCGGGGCCGUGCCUGCAGCUGCCCGGGAGGGGCAGGGCAGCUCUGCCCGGGGAGGGUGGAACGGCCUCUGCUCAGCACCAGGCCGGGCUUGGUGUGCAAGGUGAGAGGAGCGGAACGCUCCAGCUCCUGCUGGGAUCAAACCAUGCAAUGAGGAGCACUGGGAAGAGUUGGGAUAGAAGAAGAAGCUGUAGAGGAUGUGGGAUCAGCCAGGGAAUUGAUUUCACAGAGAUCCAGUGGCUCCUGCUUGUCCCCCUUGGCUGCUCUUUUCCUGUCCCCAAAGCAGAUUUUCCUGCUGGAUCUCCUCCCUGUGCUGCUGGAAAUGCUCCUGGGAGCACAGAGGGGGCACUGAGGGGAGCCCACCACGAGUCCUGCCCUUCUCCACCCCGAAAAUCCAAGCCCCGCUCUCCACACGAGCAGAGGGGGCUGUGUUCAGGGCAGGGCUGAGCCAGGAUCUGUGAGGAGCAUUAGGGUCUGACGUGGGCAGGGCGGAUUAGAGAGCUCCCUGCUUUCACAAGCCCAGGAAGGAGGCAUCAGAGCUGUUGGUUUUUGGCUUCUUUUUCCUGCUUCUCUCAAGGCUGAGAUUGAAGCUCUGGAGAUGAUAUUUUGUGUUCAGAUUUACGUGUUUAUUAUUUCUUAUUUAUAUCACAAGUGGUGAGCUCUACAGCAUUCUACUAACAAGCUACAGAAUGGCCAACUAUCUUUUUAUACAAGGUCUUUUAGGGCUAAACUAUCUGAUUAAGAAAUGACACCUAAAUUAUUUUCACUUUUAACUUAAUAACUAAUCACUCAAAGUCCACAAUGCAGACUUUUCUAAUUACAAAAUACUACUUAAGAAGAAGAAGGUGAAGAGGAACAACUAGCCACUGCCCUAAAACCUCUAUCUUGCCCCAUAUAUAUUGUUAUAUUUUAAAACCUUAAACUCUAUGUUUUCUACUCUGUGCUAUUACACACUUCUAAUCAAACUCCACACCCGUAAUCUCAGUGCUAUCAAUCAAUUUUGGAAGCUUUCUCCACGGCCUCAGGUCCAAUAUAGUAUUUUCUUGUGGCUCUGUGCCCUUCAGCACAGCAAGUUUAAAGUUCUCAGCGUGCAGGACUCCAACAUUCACGGGAUAAAGGAUCCUCAGUGGCGUUUGGGGUGACAGUGCCACACAGAACUG